UCGGCAGCAAGGAGAACCUUGGACGGUAUCGCUGUCCCCCAACUCUCCAAAUGCCGAGAAUGUCUCACCUUUCACCUCCUCCGUCACCACUACCAGAGUUUGACCUCUGCACUCUCAACUCUGACCUCCAGCACCGCCCAGCUCCCACCCAUCGGCCACUCCCUCACAUCGGUCAAUUCCACUCUCCAGAGAUACACUGAGAACAACCAGAAACUUGAGGCUCUGUGUAAGGAUGUGGAUGUGUUUGGAGAGCAGGUGGACGGAUGCAACGAUCGAGGCCACCCUGCUGGGGCUCCUGUCUCGCUGCCUCAGGGAGAAGAAGGAGCUCGCCAGUAGAGCCAUCGGCGAGAGGGUCCAGGUGGCCAGGUCUGGAUUCAGCUUCUACAAGGGAGUGGAGAGGCUGGGUUCCAUCAUGGAAAAGUGCCGCAGUCACUUCAACUCGAGCGACGUGGUCAUGAGCGUCUCUGACGCAGAACGCCUCCUCGCGACCCUCCACGAACUUCGCGACCUCGUCGAGCAGGCCACUGGCAGCGUCCAUACUCAGGGGAAGCAGCUCGUCGACUUUCUGGCCACGGUCACGCCCAUUACAUCGUCGCCCACGCCCACACGGAGGGAGUUGUAUGGUAGCCACAGUCCGCUCCCCGACACCCGCAGUGUUGCCAGUAGCGACAGUGGAGAUACAAGUGACCUUGACAACGGGAUCAGGAGACCCGCCCCCAAGAGAAUUCGGAGUAGUGAUGACCUCAUCAACAGUCCGACUACCGCCGGAGGAUCCAUGGGGAACGAGGAAGGUGAUGAUGUCGUCGAGGAGGCUGGGCACCAGCAAGGGGAUUCCCCACGACUACUGGUGACCCCGCGAAAGACUCGACCAGGUCUCAAGUCUUACAAGAGCUCCACCGUGUCCCUGGCUCUCUCCCCUGAUCAGAUAAUGAUAGAGACCCAGUUGUACAAGGUUGACCAGCAGCUGCAGGGUCUGCUGGUUCUCUGGGAGCACCGCAGGGGCCAGCUGGAUACCUCUCGCAGGGUCAUUGAGUUCAAGGAGGCUGUCCCCGAAGUGACCGCGUGGCUCGAGACCAGGGGAACCGACAUGCUCAAGAACAAGAACAACUUUGGACGGUCGAAGGAAGAGUGUCUCUUCAGCUACUGA